UAGCAUAAAGCAAAAACUAAAAUGCGAUCAUUUCAAAACUGUUAGUUAUAGCUAUAGGUACUUAUAUUAUAUAUUAUAAAUUAUAUACCUAUCUUAAAAAUGAUCACAAGUUCCAUAUUGUCAAUAAUUUUAUUAUUAGUGAUUGUGGCUAUCACUUGUUCCGUAGAUGUAGUGGGUACCAAAAAGGUUUCUUUAAAACCUUCAUACGAUUUUCCACUUGUUGAAAAUCAAAAUGCUGUUCCCAAAAUAACAGUGUCAAUUUAUUACAGUAGCUUAUGCACAGAUUGCAUCAGUCUGUUUAAAAAUCAAAUAGGACCAAAUUUAGUGAAAUUUCAUAAAUAUGUAAACUUUUAUUUUAUACCUUUUGGAAAUACUGAAAAAAAAUUAUUUGAUGGAAGAUGGUUUUUUAAAUGUCAAAACGGACUUAAUGAAUGUAUGAAAAAUAAAUGGCAAGUAUGCAGUAUACAAGUGUUACUAUCCAAACGACCGUUACUAGCUAGUUAUUUGGUGUGUUAUAUGAAUUCUACAAAUGAAAUUCAUUCGGGAUAUCAAUGUACCAGAAAGUUGGGCUUAUAUAACUAUUACAGUAAAAUAAAAAAAUGUUUUAUGAAUAGAGAAUUCAGUGAUUCUUUAAUGAUUCGUUAUAGUUAUCUAACACAGAGAGUUAUACCAAAAUUAACUCCGAUACCUUCUAUUACAUUUAAUGGAAUAUACAAUGAAACUGAACAAUACGAUGCUAAAAAUAAUUUAGGAAUUGUUAUAUGCAAACAUUUACAUCCUAAACCCGUUGAAAUGUGCUAAAUUGUUUAUUUUUUAACUCAAAACAAUAAUAUCCGUCCAAUAUGAGAAAAAAAAAUAAUAAUUAAGUAAU